AGCAUGCCAGGGAGUGGCUGAGAGAGGCUGGCCAUGUUCUUUAGGAUUGGGACUGGGCAGACAGCCUUCAGAGUGGACACAAGUAAGGAGUCACUGACCUGAAGACUAAAAGCUAAGAGGAAUCAUACUUUAAAGCGGGGUAAAGGCCGGAGUUAUGAGGGUGGGAGCUGCAGCCCUGUCUGGGGGGAUUUUUGGGGUAAUAGGGACUCUGUGUUUCUUCCUGGCAUUUGGUACCGACUACUGGCUGGUCGCAAGCGACAACUGCAGACCAUAUAGAUGGCAAACACAAACGACACCGAUGGGAGACAAAGAUGCCAACAGGACUGAGACGCUGUUGGUGGAAGAAGCGAGUACCUCCCCUCCUUCCCUCACGCUGCACCACGAGGGCUUUUUCUGGCGCUGUGCGUUUCAGGUGGAGCCCACGACGCACGCAGUCCUGGCCACUCUCUUCACAAACCAGCCAGAGUCUAAGGUUUGCAUCCAUGGUUACCUCUUCCCGCUACCGGUUGCAGUUGGACAAGUCCCUCACCCAAAUUAUGACCCCACAGCAGUGUUUCGGGGCUUCUGGACCGUGCUGAUAAUCCUCGGACUCGUCUUAGCUCUGGCUGGAGGCUUCCUCUUGGUCUGUGGUGUUCCUUUCAUCAGCUACAAACUCUACAAGUUGGGCGGGGCCUUCCUCUUAGCUGCUGCCUGCCUGUUCCUGUUCACGCUUCUGCUCUACGUCCUGUGGAUGGAGGUGGUGGAUGUGAAGAGCUACAUCCUUCAGGAGAGAGGGGAAACAUGUCCGAACGCUGAGGUUUCAGUCCUCUACGGCCUGUCGUUUAUGGUGGCGGCUGCUGGAGUGCCCCUGGAGCUCAUCUCUGGUUUGGUCUUCUUGCUGGUAGGCCGUGCAAUUCAUGCCAGCAAGUGACCUGCCCGCCUGGAUGACAGGGUGGAGAGGAGGGGAGCGGGGGGUGGUGGAGAGGCCUGACUUUUUUAUGUCCUGCACUUGACUGGAUUAGCGUGUUUUUGGGAUGUAAAUACAGGAAAGACUGCCGCUG